AUGCCUCCCCGCCGAAUUAUCCCCGGCGAAGGCGCAAAGUACCAAAACGUCGUCGCGUAUAAAGCUGAUUUGCACCUCAAAACCUCGGAAAGUUCGCAAAAAUUGCUUCAGCAGUUGAAGAAUCAAGCGCUGCAGCACAUCUGUAAACGAUGUCGAGAGAAGAUUGAAUGUAAGUGUUUUUUCGUUUCGUUUCGUUUUAUGCAAGAAAAAAGUUUCCCUUCUCUCUCUUUCGCGACGCUCUGUUUCCCUCGACGACGAGAAAGACGACGACGACGAGAAAGACUGACCUCUCACCACCGCGCAGGGAAAUUCAAGUACGGGAAAUACAAGCACAAAAAAAGCGCGAGUGUACAGAAAUGUCAAAACUGUGUUAAAGCGACGGUGAAAUUGCGGUAUCGGAAGUUGUGUCCUCCGUGUGCGCAGGAGACGGGGAGAUGUCCGCAGUGCUCAAAGAGUCAGAAAGAGCAAGAGUUGGAGGAUCGGAUGAAGAGAAAUAGUAGUGGAGAGGAGAACGAAGAAGAAGACACGACGGAUGAUGAAGCUUACAUUGAAGAGGGGAUAGUGAUAACGCGAAGAUGA